CUGCGGAAGCACACUAGAAAGAGUACGGUACCCAUCAGACACAAGGUACAACACAUUACGUUUGUGAACGAAUUUGCAUGCGGAGUCAAACACAUUCACUCCACGUGUGAAACACGGUUGGUUUAUACACUGUGUGUAACUGAUGGGUGACUCAGAGUGUAAUGGGUUUGAAGGAAAAAGUGUCCUGGGUAUCAUUGUGUAACCAUGUCGUUGCGUCAUACAAGAUGUACGUGAGUGCGGAGCCGAAAGG